CGCGCAAGUUCAUAAACCUGCUUGUAGGUUUCGUGGUUUCUGAAUCCCUAGACUUGAAAGCAGGCGGGAAGAUCCUCUUCAGCCUCAAAAGAUGACAGCCCACAGAGAGGUAACUUCUAUUUGCAUGGAACUCAGAAAUCUCCUGCAAAUCAUGGCUCAACUCAAGCCUCAUUUCCUCCAGAAGCCUUCCUUAAAUCACCCCUCUCCAGGACACAGCCAGGAGAGCCUUAUCUGUACCCCUGGGGCUCCUUGUGGCAUCAUCUGUCCUAGCCAGAUGGACCUGUCUCUCCCAGGAACCUUGAGCUCUCCCAGAUCUCAAGACCAGAGAAUGGCAGGUGAACAGAAACCCUCAAGUAACCUCCUGGAACAGUUUAUCUUACUAGCCAAAGGUACCAGUGGCUCAGCCCUCACUGCUCUUAUAAGCCAAGUUUUGGAGGCUCCUGGAGUAUAUGUCUUCGGAGAACUGCUGGAGCUGGCCAAUGUGCAGGAGCUUGCAGAAGGAGGUAAUGCUGCUUAUUUGCAGUUGCUGAACCUGUUUGCCUAUGGAACAUACCCAGAUUACAUAGCCAACAAGGAGAGCCUGCCAGAACUGAGCACAGCUCAGCAGAACAAGCUGAAACACCUUACCAUCGUGAGCUUGGCGUCGAGGAUGAAGUGUAUCCCCUACUCCGUGCUGCUGAAGGACCUGGAGAUGCGGAAUCUCCGGGAACUGGAAGACCUCAUCAUCGAGGCUGUCUACACUGAUAUCAUCCAGGGCAAGCUGGAUCAGCGAAACCAGCUGCUGGAAGUGGAUUUCUGCAUUGGCCGUGACAUCCGAAAGAGAGAUAUCAAUAAUAUUGUCAAGACCUUGCAUGAAUGGUGUGAUGGCUGCGAGGCAGUCCUGCUGGGCAUCGAGCAGCAAGUUCUGAGAGCCAACCAGUACAAGGAGAACCACAGCCGAACUCAGCAGCAGGUAGAGGCCGAGGUUACCAACAUCAAGAAGACACUCAAAGCUACCGCGUCCUCCUCAGCUCAGGAGAUGGAGCAACAGUUGGCUGAACGAGAGUGUCCCCCCCAUGCUGAGCAGAGGCAGCCCACUAAGAAGAUGUCCAAAGUGAAAGGUCUGGUCUCCAGCCGCCACUAGGGCCGGCUGGGGCAGCUGGCACUCACCAGGCCUGGGUCAGGUGGGGAGGGGACACCAAGGGCCUAUUUCCUCCCCUCUCUACCUUCCAUGAGUUCCAGACCUGCCCGUCCCCUCACCAGCGCCUCCCCCCACAUUGGUACUGUUCCAGAAGAACCGUUAACUCCCUUCCCUCUCCCACUCCCUCUUCCCCAGUUGCUCCCUUCAGACUCAGGGGCUCCACGGAUGCCAUCCCAACAGGGCCAGACGCUGCCCAGCUUCCCUCCAGGAGGUUCUUGUCUCUGUCUAAGGGCUUGUAUCCCUCCCAGUUUUUCUUUUGCUUCGUGUCAUUUUGUCAGGCUGGUCAUAAGCUGGAAGCAGCUUUCACUGGCCCACAGGGAUGACUGCGAAGGAGGCCCCUCUCUGAGUGACGGGAGGCACUCCUUCUCCAGCCCCAUGUGCCAGAGUACCCACAGUGGUGCAGGCGCUCUAGCCAGGUAUCAAAAUGCUUUGUUUUCCCUCUCCUGCCUUAUCCCUUGUUGGCAGCUCAGAUCAGGCCAUGGAGGGAUGUGAUGCUGGGCUAUGUUUACUAAACCUGCGGGUUUUCAGCCUCUUACGCCCAGCUCCAAUCUCUCAUUAGUUGGGAGCACCGGGCUGAUUAACCUCUGGAAUCUGAGCACCCGUAGGGGUCGCUGCGGGUCUGCUGGGUGGCGGACGUUUCUUCCGGCUUGGUGUUCUCCGCUGGCCUCGCUCCCUGCUGCCUCUGACUACUCAGACUGGUUUUUGGUGUGAAGGCCCCGGCUGCCCACUGGGGCUGUCUGCCAACACUCGUUCUUCCGAGAUCUCUAUUUCUUCCCGGCUGCAUCCGUGGUGGGGAUGGUGGUGUGGAGGCCCCUCUAUCUGGUGAAGGAUCUGUUGCUGCUUCUGUUUUCUUUCUUCCCACCCUCCCUGGCUGGUGACCCAGAGCCCUCUGAUGAUGGCAUUCUCCUGGCAAGAGAAAAGGACUUGACUAGCCUUUCUGAACUUGAACAGUUUCAGGUUAUAUUUUAAUUUUUUUUUUUUUUUGUACAGGUUCUGAUUCUAAUACAUUUCAACAUGCUUUUUUUCC